UGCGACCGUCCGGCUGCAGCUCAGGCAAGCAAACAGACCCAGACCAACCAGAGCGAUCCUGCCGCGGGUUUUUGAGAGAGACGCCGGAGCAGAGGAGGAGAAUGGGACGCCGGUGCCUGGAUCAGGACUGAGUCUGGUCGGCGCAUUCAGAGCUCCUCCGACCCGUUUCCAAGUCCUUUUCUCCCGACUCAGAGUCACGUUUUCACCGCUGACACAAUGGGCUGCUGCAGCGGACGAUGCACUCUCAUCUUUAUUUGCACUUUACAGUUGGUGUUGGCUUUAGAAAGACAGGUCUUUGACUUCCUGGGUUACCAGUGGGCUCCCAUCCUUGCCAACUUCUUCCACAUCAUCAUCGUCAUCCUCGGCCUCUUUGGCACCAUCCAGUACCGGCCGCGCUACAUUGUGGUGUAUACAGUAUGGGCCGCUCUGUGGGUCGCCUGGAAUGUCUUCAUCAUCUGUUUCUACCUGGACGUAGGAGGCCUGUCCAAGGACAGUGACCUGCUGACAUUUAACAUCUCAGCCCAUCACUCGUGGUGGAGCGAACACGGGCCGGGCUGUGUGAGGAGAGAGAUGCCGCAGGCUCCGGGGGUCCGCACCACAGAGAGCCACUCCUACAUCACUGUCAUGGGCUGCCUCAUGGAGUACCAGUACAUCGAGGUGGUGCAUAGCGGCACACAGAUUCUUGUUGCUCUCCUGGGCUUCGUGUACGCCUGUUAUGUUGUCAGCGCUAUCACUGAGGAGGAGGACAGCUUUGAUUUUAUUGGUGGAUUUGACCCAUUCCCACUCUACCAUGUCAAUGAGAAACCAUCUCAUCUCCUCUUAAAGCCCAUGUACCUGUCUACGUAAAUAGGAGAGCGUCCAGCAGGGAGGUGACACAGCAAAUUCCCACGGAGACAAACAUCCCAGUGCACUGGGGACACGCCAGACAUUCCUCCCCCCUUUUUGAUUUCAGUGCUUUAAACAUGUCAUUUACUGGUAUGCUGCCCAGAAAAGCCAACACUUCUCAGUUAGGGUCCAUUGUUUUCCAGGGAGGGAUGACGGGUUCUGGGAACGGGGGGAUUACAGUGCAACAAAGCCUCAUAUUGUGUAUUUAGGGAAGUAUCAAUCAUUUUCUUUGUGUUGAGUUCUCUGCUGAGGUCCCAUCGCUGUGACCUGCCCAUAAUGGUCUAAUACUUCCCAAGAACAUGACUGUAUAGAACAUGUACAGCAUAUAAAUACAUUGUGUAUGUAGUCAGGGACUGCCCAGCAUUCCCAGUCUGCGGUACUGUGUCUUAGAGGACUCAGUGAUUUAGCAUGUUAUUGCCGGUUUGGCUCAGAUCUUGGCUGGAGGGCUGAAUUACAGUGGAGCCUGUGGAAUGAGCUAUUGUGUGCAGCCUGUUUACUUUAGGCCAGGAUCUGUGUGCAUAAAUACACAAAGUAAAGCAGGAAGAGGCAGGGGAGUGGAGAGGUACAGGGAGGGGAGGGAACAAAAGCACCAAACCUACA